CACAAAUUGGUGACUAAUAAACCAAAGUACUCCUCUUUGCGACUUUUCUUUUUUCUUUUUUUGUUUUUCCUUUUAAAAAUAGAUUUGAAGUCUAUAUAUUCUCCAAUAAGUAGUCUGAGAAUCUCACAACAAGUAGAGAGGGAAGUAAAAAAUGGUGAUUGAGUUGAUGGUGUUGGUAUUAGCGGGGCUAACAGGAGGAGCAUCGUCAGCAUCUCUACCAAUAGCCAAGCCUGGUUGUCCGGACACAUGCGGAAACAUUACCAUUCCUUACCCUUUUGGGAUUGGAGUUGGUUGUUACGCGGACAAGAGCUUUGCAAUAGCUUGCGACAACUCUUCCAAGGCUUACUUCACUAGCAACAAGCUUCCGGUGCUUUAUAUUGAUAUGUUUGGCUAUAUGUAUAGCAAUAGCUCUGGCACCAUUGGCAUCCUUCAUCCGGUGCUAGCUUAUAAUUGUCCAAAUGGUUCGAGUCAUCCACUUGUGAAUUUGUCGAGUCAUUUUUGGUUCUCUUACUACGACAAUUAUUUCAGGGCCACAGGUUGUAACAACCUGGCCUUGAUGAUGAGGCAAGACCAACAAAUUAUAGGUGGGUGCACAUCAACAUGCAACCCCAACAUUUCAACUGAUGAAGGAAGUUGCUAUGGAAUCAAAUGCUGCCAGACCUCAAUUCCUCCAUUUCUCAACUUCAUCAAUACAUCUCUCACCAGAUUUAUUAAUGAUAAUUCGAAAGAGUGCAAUUAUGCGUUCAUCACUUCUUCUCCAACCUCGAUCAAUGCAUCCAAUACAUCAUUGAUCAAUGACAUGCAAGAAAUGAAACCUGUUUUUGAUGCUAUGCUGGAAUGGGGCAUGCCCGGAGAGUGCAACGAAUAUUCGCCUGCUAAUAAUACAUUAUUAUGCGGACCAAAUGCUUUUUGCCGUCCAGGAAGUAACUUUACUCACCGAUGCAGUUGUAAUUUUACCGGAGGAUACUCAGAUCGGGAUCCAAACCCAUAUCUAUCCGGUGGAUGUCCAGGACCUCCAGCGGACAAGAAGAAAAUUCGAAUUACUAUCAUAGUUAUUAGUACGGGUUUUGGAUCCCUACUUCUAUUUGUUGGUACACGGUGGCUGUAUAAAUUGGUGAAGAGGAGAAAGAAACUCCGGCUCAAACGAAAAUUCUUUAAACGAAAUGGAGGUCUUUUAUUGCAACAACAAUUGUCUUCUGCUGAUCAAGGUUAUGUUGAGAAAACCAAAGUGUUUAUUUUAAAGGAGUUGGAAAAGGCCACUGACCACUUUAAUGACAACCGGAUCCUUGGUCAAGGGGGGCAAGGUACUGUUUACAAAGGCAUGCUAAUUGAUGGUAGAAUUGUAGCAGUUAAAAAGUCCAAGAUAGUGGAUGAAGGCAACCUUGAGCAAUUUAUUAAUGAGGUUGUUAUUUUAUCACAAAUUAACCAUAGGAAUGUGGUUAACUUGUAUGGGUGUUGUUUGGAGUCAGAAGUUCCCUUGCUGGUUUAUGAGUACAUCCCCAACGGAACCCUUUACCAGUAUAUCCAUGAGCAAAAUGAAGAGUUUCCACUUACCUGGGAUAUUCGUGUUCGGAUUGCUGCAGAAGUUUCAGGGGCUCUUGCAUAUCUGCAUUCAGCAACCUCCAUACCCAUUUAUCAUCGGGAUAUCAAAUCCACAAACAUUUUGUUAGACGAUAAAUUCAGAGCAAAAGUGUCGGAUUUUGGGGCUUCAAGAUCAAUUGCCAUUGAUCAAACUCACAUGACCAUAAUAGUGCAGGGGACCUUUGGAUACUUGGACCCGGAGUACUUCCAGUCAAGCCAGUUUACAGAAAAAAGUGAUGUUUAUAGCUUUGGAGUUGUUCUUGUUGAGUUGUUAACUGGACAACAACCAAUCUCAUCAACCAGAUCAGAAGAACGAAGUUUGGCAACAUAUUUCAUGUUGAUAAUGAAGGAGAACUGUUUAUUUGACAUUCUUGAUGCUCGAGUUUCCAAAGAGGUUGGAAAAGAAAACAUCAUUCGGGUCGCUAAUCUUGCAAAAAGAUGCUUGAACUUGAGUGGGAGAAAAAGGCCUACAAUGAAAGAAGUUGCAACUGAAUUGGAAGGGAUUAGAAUAUCACAUGAAGUAUGUACCGUUCAACAAAAUUAUGAAGAGGAUGAAUAUGCAGUACUUGAACUCACAGGACCUUGGGAUGUUGCUUCAACUUUGACAGGGUCUCAUUUGCAUAGGAGUGCAUCAUCAUCACGGGAUGUUGCUUCAGUAAUUGAACUCACAGGACCUCAGGAUGUUGCUACAACUUCGACAGGGUCUCAUUUUCAUAGGAGUGCAUCAUCAUCACGGGAUGUUCAUCCUUUGUUACUUAAGUAAUCGUAAUUGUUAAGAAUGUUUGUUUGCUAGUUUGGUUUUUUUUUUUUUUUUUUUUUUGCCCCCACUUCAUAUUUUACAUCUAUCUUGUUUGAAUAAAUAGUGCACCAAUCAUCAUCCUUGUAUUUCCUACUUAUGUUGUUUAAGAAAUCGUGAUAUGUUUGUUUAUAGCAAAUUUUGAAUUUUAUAUAAUACUUUGGUUGGUUUUGUGGCCUAACUUGCAUGCGGAAGGCU